UCCUGCUCAUCACUUCACCAAGCGCCCGAAAGUCCGGCUCUGGAAAACUCGUAUUUUAUGGUUGCUUUCGCUUUUACCGAGAAAAGCUGUCGCUUUUUCAUCGUCCCUUUGUGUUUUCGCGGCAAGUGAGGCAUGUCAAGAAGAGAAGACUAGGGUAAAGACCCUCUGCGUCUCUGCUUCGCCGAGAGCGACUUCAAAUGCCAGCUUGAAGCCGAGCUCUCUCCUCGCAUCUGCGGUUAGCAGAGCUCAAAUUUGAUGGGUAUGUUUUGAUUGCCGAGGCGGCGUGGGUUUUCAGUUCUUGCUGUUCAGGUGAAGCUCUGCGACCCACUCUUUCCAUUCGUUUUGUUUUCGUUUUUCCCUGCACUGUGGUUGGUUUUUUCCUUUAUCAGGACGCGAGUGUAAGUAGUUCAUGCAUUCGAGUCAAGAGACGAAACAGAAGAAGCUGGUUUCUUCAUUAACACCGGAUAUUAUCGGGGAAAAGUAGGAAGAUUUGAUCAAGAAUUUCUCAACAAAAAUUGAAUCUGCUGGAUGACUCCUCGCUGGAGAGGAGAAUACAUGGGCACUGAUACGACUGAAGAGAGCAAUGGAAAUGUACAUGCUUCAGUGACUUGUGAGAACCAGGAAUCUACAGAGAUUGGUGUCACUAGCAACAGUAAUGGAGAUAUGCCCGUUUUCAUGCCUUGUCGGAUGCUGCGGGAAUGCUCCAAGAUAGAUAUCACUGAUGAGAGCAAUGGGAACAUCUCUACAGCCAAGGAAAAUUCUUAUCUUCCAGUUUCAUGUGAUGCAUCCGGUGAAGGUCUACCAUAUGCCCCUGAGAAUUUCCCUCUUCCCGGUGAUAAAUGGAGGUGGAGGGUAGGGAAGAGAGUGGCAGUUACUGGAGACUAUAAGGAUAGGUACCUUUACCUUCCUAAGAGACUCCGCUGCCGGGACCAAUCAUUUCGAUAUACCUUUGCAAGUAAGCUUUCGGUAGAGCGGUACAUCCGCACUGCAUUCCCCAAUGCAGAUGUCGAUGAAUUCUUCGCCUCGUUUAGCUGGAAAAUCCCCUCGAAGAACCUGCUGUUGCCAAGUGGGGUCGUGGAGAGGCGCCCUUUCUUUACUGCACAUCACGAAGAGAUAGGUGACCAUUCCCAAUCAGAUUCUCCCUCUGGCACCCUAAGAUGUAAGGCUCGAAAUAAGUUGUGCAGUAGCUUAAUUGAACAACCAGAGGAAGCCGCCAGAACGUCCAUCCCUUGUGAUUUUUGCUGCAUUGAACCUGAGUUUUGCCGAGAUUGUUGCUGUAUUCUCUGUUUUAAGGUCAUCAUGCCAGUUAAUGGAGGAUAUAAUUACAUCAAAUGUGAAGCAUCGUCCAACGAUGGUCAUAUAUGCGGGCAUCUUGCUCACUUGAACUGUGCUCUCCAAGCUUACAUGGCUGGCACUGUUGGUGGAAGCAUUGGACUGGAUGCGCAGUACUAUUGUCGUCGUUGUGAUGCGAAAACUGAACUAGUUUCUCAUGUUACUAGGCUCUUUGAGGCUUGUAAAUCUAUUGAUUCUCAGGAGGAACAUGAGAAGGCAUUGAAACUUGGCAGCUGCCUCUUACAAGGUUCACUGAAUACCAGUGCUAAGAUACUGCUUAACCGUAUUCAAUCUGCUUUGACCAAGCUUAAAUGUGGGAUUCAUCUCGAGACUGCCUCGACAGAUGAAAGCAAAUCUGUUGUCUCCAGCAAUGGAGAUCCUUCUCUAGAAGGUGCCCCGUAUCGAGAUGCUCUAGAUUUCAGGACACAUAUCUUGCUGGACGAGUCCAUCUCUUUUGAUUUGCAGACUCCAUCAGUACAACUUGAUGAUGAGAUUGAUCAAAUUCUCCGGUCAGAGAAAGUCUCAGGAGUUGGAAUACAGAGUAGCAGAGGAACAGCUUAAUGGGCACCUCCACAUUCUGUACCAACAACUUGAGCAAACAAUCUCCGAACUGGCAUGUUGAAAAUUAAUUGCCGACUCAGAUGACUUGCUGAACAUGGUGUUGAGCUGAAAUAACCAAAAAAAGCGGGAAGUCAAGAAACUCAAAGAAAUGAAGGAAAUAACCAAAGGAUUUGGAACAAUGCCGAAGAGAACCUGGGAGGGCAUUUCAGUUUAGAUGUGAACACGGCUGGAGCACAUGAAUGAUGUGCUUCGUUGGAAGGACAGUGAUAUGAGAUUAAUAGAAGGAUGACAUGCAUCGGACACAAGUUUCUGGC